UCACGUCCAUCCCCGGCCCGCUGGAGCGCCCGCCGAGUCUCCUAUCGAGUCUCCUCUCGUUCUUCAGCAGGGCCGGCUUCCGCCCCGCCCUCCAACCCAGCCCCAGCGGCGCCGCCCACAGCCCCAGGUCCCGCCGCCCGACCCCAGCGCCGCCUCCAGUCGUGAGCGCGGAGAGGAUUGAGCGGGCCUCCGGGGCGAGCGCCACGCGCAGACGGCGGUUGAGGAGCCUGAGAAAACCCCGGUCCUCCUUCAAGAUCCUGGUGGGUUGCGCCCGGCGCGGCGAAAUUCCCUGAUGUCUAUGUAGGAGUCUUGCUCUUGCUGUUUUUGGAUUGGUGCCUCCUCCCAUGGGGUCUUGCAGGUGCAGGAGGGUGUAUUCCAUCUGAUUAAUCUGCGGAGAGCAAGCGGGUGCUCCGGCUGCGCGAGCAUGGCGGGCGAGGAGGCUCCGGAGGGCAGCGGAACCAGGAGGCGUAUGGAUCUAAACCUGUAUCUCGGCCUCCCUCCAUUGCCGCGGCCUCCAGUCUGGCUGGACACAACGAUGAUUUCCCCGACGUUGAUGCCCAACUCGACUGGUGCUGCGCCGGAAGCCCCAAGAACGGGCGAGCCUGAGGAAUCCCUUGCCCCGGUGGCGGCGGCCUAUUCGCCGUUGAAUGCACUUUCCACCCCGGAGGAGCACCCAAUGCUUGAUCCAAUAGUUUAUUCCUGGCUCGACGGCAACAGUACUGAUGGAGAAGAGGACACUGAUGCUUCUGAGCCGGGGCCAGUCGAUGGUGCCAAUGUCUCUAGGUCGCAGCUUCUGGUAGCUGCCACUGGGUUGGAAGGGGAUGGUCUUCCUGUAGUAAGGUUUGUGCGCCCUAGUCGGGUGGCUGGUGGUGGAAUGGAGAUGGUGAACACAAGUAUACUUCGGCGGUCUGGUCAAGGGGCUGCUGCAAUUGAGGCCGGGACUCCUGAGCUUCGCUUUCAGAGGGUGAUACAGAUUAGCCAGCAGCACAGUAUUGUGAGGCCAGCAUCAGUGAACCGCAGUCAAGGGGUAGCUAGUACAGAUGCGGAUAGGCUUGUCUGGGCAAUCCAGCGCACUCAUAACUCUUUAGAAGCAGCAAGGCGGCAAAAGCUAGAUGGUGACAAGGUUUCUGGAAACGGUGCUGCUAAAAAGGAUGGGUCCUGUGACUGCAACUCCAGUUUUGAGUGUAAUAUCUGUCUUGACCCAGCUAAAGAGCCUGUGGUUACACCCUGCGGUCACCUCUUCUGUUGGCCAUGCUUGUACCAGUGGCUUCAUGCACAUUCCACCAACUCUGAGUGCCCUGUAUGCAAGGGUGAGGUGCUAGAAGUGAACGUCACUCCGAUAUAUGGAAGAGGCGGUGAAGAAGGGGAUUCCACCAACCCUGACUUGCCACCCAGGCCACAAGCAAACAGAAGGGAGAGCCUGAGGCAACAGCUGCAAAUGGCAGACAGAGGAAUUGCAACAGUGGUGAGGCAGUUGAUACAAAACCAGAGUAUAGUUAGAGGCCUACCAAGCCCAACAGGGAUCGAAAUGAAUGUGAUUCCUUCAGGCCGGCAAAGGGCUAGGGCUCGGAGACAGCAAAGGCAGGAUAAUAAUGCAUCACCUUCCAUACAUGUAGCGCAGAAUAUGGGCAAUGUUGCUUCUGAGAGCAGCAAUCAAAUCCAGUUGCCACAUUCUAAUGGCGACAGUGCUGCACAGAUGGUUCUUGCAGCUCCUCAGCAGUCAUCGUCUGUCGAACAGCUGUCAACUUCUAGCACCACAGCUGUUAUAGUGGGCGAGCCUGGGUCAAGUAGGCGGUCAAGGCCUUUGGAGUCCCCACCCAUAAGAAGAACAAGGAGGAGGCUGCAGUAGGUACCAGAGUGUUGUCACUCCCUUCAAUAAAACCUACAGACCUUGCCCCAGUGUUUGUUAUUACCAUGAUUAGCUCCAAUAACAUCUCAAGGUUAAUAAUGUAGGAAUGUAUAUGCCAUCACUCGUUCCCACCUUUCUCUUACAUACCAUGUAUCAUGUAUGUAGCUUCAUCAUGGAGUCAAAAUGUCAGUUCCAGUAUCUAUAAUAAUCUUGAUCUUCUGUACUCAGAAUAUAUUUUCUGAUUUAGUCUCUGCUUCUGGUAUGAUGUGUCA